ACCACCAUCCAUGGCGUCAAUCCUGCCUUUCUGAUUGAAACAAUCCUACGCGAACGCAUCCUCGACUCGCUCUACUACAAAGACCAGUGUUUCGGCCUGACUGCUGCAACGAUCCUGGAUCGUAUUGUAGAGUUGACGUAUGUCGGUGGCAGCUAUGGCGCCAGUCGACCAACAGAGUUCAUCUGUCUCGUGUUGAAACUGCUACAACUCUUACCAGAGCGGGAGAUUGUCCUUGCUUAUCUACAGGAUACAUCCUUCAAGUAUCUUCGAAUCCUGGCUGCAUUCUACGUACGUCUGACGUUUCCUGCAAAACUAGUCUAUGAAACACUGGAACCGCUAUUACUGGAUAAACGCAAGAUUCGCGUUCGCAAUGCAGCUGGAGGAUGGCGGAUUGAGCAUGUGGAUGAGAUUGUGGAUAGGCUGCUGACAGAGGCCCGGGUGUUUGAUGUUGCGCUGCCGAAUCUGAUGGCCCGGACGUUGCUGGAGGACUUGGAUGAGCUUGAGCCGCGUGUGUCGCCGUUGCAGGCUGAGUUGGAGGCUUCUGAUGAG